AUGCCCACUCCCCCCAUUACAGCAAGGAAACGCAAGCGGCAGCAGUUCACGGUCACCUACAGCGAGGUCCAGGAGGUCGACAGCUCGGGCAAGGUGCGCGAAGUCAUCGUCAUCGACGACACUCCGCCCCCCUCCACCGUCUCCCCCGCAACGACGCACACGGCCAUGUACUCGGCCUCCUACCAACCUCCAAUGUACUCUGCGCCUAUCCGCACGAGAGCGCGGGCUGCGGCCGAAGCACAAGCUCUAUCCGCCAGCACAUCCUCAACAGCUGCAGCGACUGCCCCCGCCCCGAAGAAGCGUAAGAGAGACGCCGCGGAUGAUGUCGGUACCGUGUCCAAGAAGACCAUUACCAACGGCCAGCUGUCGAAUGCUAUCGCCCCCGCGAAAGUGUAUCCCAGCAGUAGCGGCACUCUUGUUGAGGAUGCGUCAAAGGCCCAGGUAUCCUGCGACGACAAAGAGGGACACUAUAUCAUCGUCCCAGAUGAUAUAAUUAACAGGCGUUACCGGACCGUCCGUCUACUAGGCCAAGGGACGUUCGGCAAGGUGGUCGAGGCCGUCGAUACCGAGACCAACCGGAGGGUCGCAAUCAAGAUAAUCCGCGCUAUCCCGAAAUAUCGAGACGCGAGUAAGAUCGAGGUGCGGGUCCUACAGAAGCUCAAAGAGCGGGAUCCCCUCAAUCGACACAAAUGCAUCCACUUGCUUGCUUGGUUCGACCACCGCAACCACAUCUGUCUAGUGUCUGAGCUGCUGGGCAUGUGUGUGUACGAUUUCUUGAAGGAGAACGACUUCGCCCCCUUUCCUCGUCAACAUAUACAAUCAUUCGCAAGGCAACUUCUCGGCAGUGUAGCAUUUCUCCACGAACUCCAUCUCAUUCACACGGACUUGAAGCCAGAAAAUAUCUUAUUGGUAAACAACGACUAUCAAGUGGUGCAGGUUCCCACAUCAUCGAAGCGCGGCGCUCCCACCAGAAGCAAACGCCUAUUGCAUUCAACAGACAUCCGCCUGAUCGACUUCGGUUCUGCGACAUUUGAGGAUGAAUAUCACUCUAGUGUCGUAUCGACUCGCCACUACCGCGCUCCCGAGAUCAUUCUCGGCCUUGGCUGGUCCUUUCCCUGCGACGCCUUCUCACUCGGCUGCAUCCUCGUCGAGUUCUACACUGGCGUAGCGCUCUUCCAGACACACGACAACUUGGAGCAUCUGGCAAUGAUGGAGCAAGUUAUGGGGAAGAUGCCAGAACGCUUCGCUCGAUCUGGGGCGCGUGCGAAGCCAGAAUACUUCAAAGAAGGCAGCAAACUCGACUGGCCGAAACCCAAGGCGACGAGGCAGAGCAAGAAAGAAGUCCGAGCAUGUCGAAGUUUGCAGGAGAUCAUCCCUGCUACAGACGCUAUCAACCGCUCAUUCUUGGACCUUGUCAAGCGGCUUCUUACCUUCGACCCCGCCCAGAGGAUCACCGUCAAGGAGGCCCUCAACCACCCCUACUUCUCACUCCAAGCCCCUGACGAAUACUGAACGAUCUCUAUGCUUCCCUCCCGUCUAUCUGUCGGUUCCACCAAUGGUGCCAGUGUCGGUACGAUAUGGACAGGCCUCCCACUGCCGUUGUAUACUCUCCCUCCGUCUACAUACAGUAUCGCUGUCGCCGUCGCAUGGUCGCUAUUCCGUCCGCUACUACCUGAAGCUCGUCGCCGUCGUCUCCUGGAGGUAUUCUACUCUUGUACAACAUGCAUUAGUGCGCAACUACCCUGUCCCGUCCACCCUUCUUCUCCUCAUUAUCGUCGGGACCCUGUCGAGUAAUCUUUCCCAACUCACCUUCUUCGCCUUCGCCAUCCAUCGCUCCUUCAUAUCCUUUGCCGACGUUGAACGCGACACCUCUGCAACACACUGUGUUUCUGCCACCUCUCCCUCGUUGCCCCAUCCUGUAUCUAUCGCUCGACCCGUGUCUCUUGUUUCUCCUACUAAGCUUAUAUACAUAGAUGCAGCAGCCCAUGUCCGAUACAAAGCCCCCGCCCGGCGCCGCGCUGCUCCACCCAAUGGACGGCCAGGAGCCUCAGCCUGGAGGAUGCCCGUAACCCUGCCUUGGCCCGUGCGCAGAGCACUACUCCCGCGCAGGCUUACGUUGAGGGUCAGAACGGCGGCCCCGGGAACGGCCCGCCCGUCGCUAGCCACUGGCCAGCCCACACGGCCUUCUCCGCAGUCCAGAUCUGCAGGCACCUCGGAACGGCAUUGCGCAAGCCCUCAGGAUAUCCCGCAUCCAUCUCGUCCCACUCCUUUGCUCGGCACGGCAGAGCAUUGCGUCUCAGAGCUCGCCCGAAGAUACACCAGUGCCGUGCCAAGUUACCGCAAGCUCGGGCCCUGCCCGCCAUUUGCAUAGAGCCCGGAGCAGGUCUGAUGCUCGGCGGCGCAUCCCUUCGCACACCGAGCUCGCCCCGCGAAGCACGCUGGCCUUGUGACCCCCAUGGGAAAGCGCGCCGUGACCACUCAAUCCGCUGCGCUGACUGGCCGUGCGCAGGCCGGCCUCGCCUGGAGGUAGUGCGGGAGCGAUUGGCAAUGGACAAAUGGACAGGCAGGCGAGCGGCGAGCGGCG